AGAUGGUGGUCAAAGCCGAGAGAAGCGGUUGACUCGUAGCAAUUAUUUCUAAUAAUCACUGCAUUGCCCUGGACUAGUGAAAUCAAAGAGUGGCGGUCCGUCAACGGCGAGGAUUACAGAGGCUUGAGUUGGGGUCGGGGGAUAACGUGUUCAUCGCAGACCGCCCGAAGCACUGCAGUUUCGUGUUAAGAUGAAUUAUGUGGGACUGAAUUUGCACUCAGUGGGCCCACUUCCCUCCACAAUGGCAGCAUCUUCUGCCUAUCAAACCGAGCCAUCCUCAGAAGCCGGGCCCUACAGCAGCACCAGCCUAAUCAAAGACGAGUGUGAGUCCGAGGAACCAAGCAAGAAACUCAAGGUUGAUCACAAGCACGGUGCCAGUGAGAGCCACCAAAAAGUAGACUUCUGGUUCUGUGAGGAGUGCAAAGAGUAUUUCUUGGAGGAAUGCCCAAACCACGGUCCUCCGGUCUUUGUGCCAGACACACCAGUGGCACUGGGGGUGCCCAACCGGGCUUCCCUCACAGUGCCCUCGGGAAUAGAGCUCGUCCGGGAGGAGGAGGAGGUGGAUGUGUGCUGCAUAGAUGCGGGCAUCCCCAAGGGGGCGCUCUUUGGCCCGUAUCAAGGGGAGUUGGUGUCUAAGGACUAUUCCUCAGGGUUUUUCUCUUGGAUGAUCGUUGAUGAGAACAACACAUACAAAUCCAUUGAUGGCAGUGAUGAAACUAAAGCCAACUGGAUGAGGUAUAUACGUAAUUCGUCGGAUGAGAAUGAGAGGAACAUGACUGCCUUCCAGCAUGGAGAACAUAUAUAUUUCCGUGUGUGUCGGCAGUUGUCAGCAGGAGAGAAGCUCCGCGUGUGGUACAGCGAUGACUACAUGAGGCGGCUACACAGUGUCUCGCAGGACAGUAUUGGCCACAACCUGGACACAGGCCUGUUGACUGUUGGGAAAUCCGAGGCCCGGGAGGAGACCAAAGGACCUGUGCUCAGGUCGGCUCUGCAUGGCAGGUGCAGCCUCAGCAAGCACACCAGCGAGGAGGGGGACGGCCAACCACAGGCCAAGAAGAAAAAGAUCGACCUCAUCUUUAAAGAUGUCCUGGAAGCCUCUCUGGAGGCCUCCAAGAGCCAGGAAAACCCCCUGAACAGCACCUUCUCCAUGAGGCGGACCAGAGCUCAGCGCGUCACGCUCACUUCCCAGAGAGGGGAGUCCUAUCUGGCCCAGGAGGAAUGCAAAGUGACUGGUCUGGGUCUCUACCCAUCAGAGCACCUAGAGGGGGGCUUUAAUGUUCGGUGUCUGAAGAUGGAGGAUUCCGAAGAUGACCCUGGUCAGAUUCAUGAGGAGCCUUCUACCUCGUUCUGCCCCAACUGUGUGAAGCUGAAGAGGAGGAUUCGGGAGCUGGAGGCAGAGGUGAUUCGUCUGAGGGGAGGAAACCAGGUGGAGGUACCACCCCACCCUGAGCUGGCACCAAUAGAUGAGCUCCAAGCAGCUGAGGCCAUGACCCCUAUUCCCGUGGUGCUGGAUGAGGAUGAUCAGGAUGUGGACUCUGCAGAUGAGUCCAUCACUGCUGACCUCAUGGUGGCUGCUGAAGACUCCUCCAAGCUGUUGGCUGGGCCUGGCCGACGUAUACGCCGCUUCAAGCAGGAAUGGCUCAAGAAGUUCUGGUUCCUGCGUUACUCGCCAACACUCAACGAGAUGUGGUGUCAUGUCUGCCGCCAGUAUACCGUCCAGUCCUCACGCACCUCCGCCUUCAUCAUCGGCUCCAAGCAGUUCAAGAUCCACACUAUCAAGCUGCACAGCCAAAGCAACCUGCACAAAAAGUGCCUGCAGCUAUACAAGCUUCGGAUGCACCCGGAGAAGACCGAGGAGAUGUGUCGUAACAUGAUGCUGCUGUUCAAUGCUGCUUACCACCUGGCACUGGAGGGCCGACCCUUCUCAGACCUGCGAGCGCUGGCUGAGUUGCUCAAGAAGUGCGAGCUCAAGGUGGUCGACCAGUACAUGAACGAAGGUGACUGCCAGAUCCUCAUCCACCAUAUCGCCAGGGCACUUAAGGAAGACCUGGCGGAGAGGAUACGCCUGUCGCCCUUCCUCAGUGUCAUCAUGGAUGGGCAAAACGAUGACUUGCUGUCAGACACCGUUGCCGUCUAUGUGCAGUUUACCACCAGCGAAGGACCCCCUGCCACAGAGUUCCUCUCCCUACAGAGGCUAAGUGUUGGCAGUGUGGAUGGCUACCUCCAGGCCAUUGAUCGGGCCUUUGCUGUGCUUGGUCUGAAGCUUCAGGACAUGCUGGUGGCCGGGCUGGGGGUCGAUGGCUCCAACAUCUCCUCUAGUUUGAGAGCAAAUCUGUACAUUGCAGUACGGAAGAAGCUCCCCUGGAUCCUCUGCUUGCCGGUCAUGAUCCAUCGUCCUCACCUGGAGGUGCUGGAUGCCAUCAGUGGGAAGGAGCUGUCCUGCUUGGAGGACCUUGAAAACAACCUGAAGCAGCUGCUGAGCUUCUACCGGUACUCCCCUCGCAUGAUGGCCGAGCUCAGGUCUACCGCCCCCACGCUGUCUGAGGAGACAGAGUUCCUGGGAGAUAUACGAGCCGUCAGCUGGAUUAUAGGAGAGCCAAACGUCCUGAAUGCCCUUAUCAAAGAUUACCUGGAGGUGGUGGCACACCUCAAGGACAUCAGUGGCCAAACGCAGAGGGCAGAUGCAGCUGCCAUCGCCUUGACCCUGCUUCAAUUCCUCAUGGAUUACCAGUCUGUCAAGCUAAUAUACUUUCUCCUGGAUGUCAUCGCUGUUCUUUCGCGUCUGGCCUUCAUCUUUCAGGGAGACUACCUGCUGGUGUCUCAGGUAGACGCCAAGAUUGAAGAGGCCAUCCGUGAGAUCGGUCAGCUGGUGGACUGCCCUGGGGAGUAUCUGCAGGAGUUUGAGGAGAACUUUCGCGAAAGCUUCAAUGGCGUAGACCUGAAUAACUUGCGCGUCGCCGAGUCCAAGUUCCAAUCCAUCCGCGAAAAGAUCUGCCAGAAGAGCCAGGGAAUCUUGUCUCAGCGACUUGACAUGCACAGCCGCACGGUGGUCAAGGCGUGCCGUGUGCUUGACCUCACCACCUGGCCACGCAACAGGGAUGACCUACGAGCCUUUGGGGAGGAAGAGAUCCUGCUCAUUUUUGACCACCUUGAAGCGAUCCCCUCGGCUGUCCGUGAGACGUCGCGGGACAGAACUGACGCUCGGGGCAGCCUGCUGGUGGAGUGGAGGGACCUCAAAGCCGACUACUACAGCAUGAAUGGCUUCAAGGAGGUGGUCAGUCAAAUCUCCAGGCACAAGCAGCGCUUCCCUCUGCUUAACCGCAUACUCCAAGUUGUCAGGGUCUUGCCCACUUCCACCACCUGCUGUGACAAAGGCCGUGGGUCCCUGCAGAAAGUGCGCAAGAACAACCGCUCUAGGCUGACGCUGGACCAGAUGAAUGACCUACUGACCCUUGCAGUCAACGGGCCGCCAAUAGCGAACUUCGAUGGCAAGCGACCAUUGGACAGCUGGUUUGAGGAGAAGUCUGGCAACAGCUAUUCACUCUCAGCCGAAAUGCUGAAUAGAAUGUCGGCUAAUGAACAAAAGUAUGUUCUGCACAGCAUGGAUGUGAACACAGAGUUCUACCCUGAUAUUUGACUGAUGAGAGCCAUGGCUUUACUUCACUUUAUUCCAAAAGCCAUCCCGGGGGAGGGGUGAUCUGGGCUAUAAUGUGAUUGGCCAUACAAGUGUGCAAUGGCCCUGCUGCUAAAAUGGCCUGAUCAGCAUCACUUUAGAAAAUGGAAACCUAGCUAGUAGAAUCUGUUGAGCACACAUUUAUGUCAAGCUCAGGAGGUAAAGUUGGUCUUAAAAGGCAAGACAGGAAACCUGACUUGGUGAAAACAAUCAGUUUGUAUGGGUGUUGAAUUUAAGUAUGUGUAACAUAUAGCACUUAUGUAGAGCAUGUGCUGAUGAUCACUGGUAUCAACUCUGUUAGAAAUGGCCAUUAUCAUUUAGUGGGGCUUUUAAAAUCUGCAGUCAACACCAUUAUUUGGAAAAUGCCAUAGGUUAAUAGCUCAAGUAUACGUUUUUUUGUAACAAUGCAAAUUAUUUCUCUUUCAAACAAGUCUUUGAUUUCUAUACAUUUACGGUUUAUUUUAAAAGUAGUAAAUGUUUGGUUCAAAUGACAUUUGUAUGAAAUUGUGCCAUAACAGCAUAUUGCAAGGUGAUAAAGUCUUGAUAAAGUGAAAGUUCACAAAUAACCAAGGUGCUAUGCCACACAUCGUCACAAGAGAUUAUAUGGUUUGUUUAAGUGUUUUUUUUGUACAGGUAUAUACUGCUGUGGUGAUUGAUAUUUCUUUUGUGGCUUUUAUAGGUCUUAAAAGAUUCCAUCGGGGGGAAUGUAUUUUUUUUUUUAAUUGCCUAAACAAAUGUAGGUCAAUUAUUCAUUAUGAAGCAGGUAGUUUGGAUGCUGAUUGGAUGAAAGGCGUGGUAUAUCAGACAUUAAACUGGGAGGUUCAAGCCCUGAAUGCUGAUUGGCUGACAGCCGUGGUAUGUCAGACCGUAUACCACGGGUAUGACAAAUCAUUUAUUUUUACUGCUCUAAUUACGUUGGUAGCCAGUUUAUAAUAGCAAUAAGGCACGUCUGGGGUUUGUGGUAUCUUGCCAAAAUAUACCACGGCUAAGGUCUGUGUCCAGGCACUCCUCGUUGCGUUGUGCGUAAGAACAGACCUUAGCCGUGGUAUAUUGGCCAUAUACCACACCCCCUCUGGCCUUAUUGCUUAAAUAUACCACAGGUAUGAUGCAAAAUUACUUGUUUACUGUUCUAAUUAUAUUGGUAACAAGUUUAUAAUAGUAUUAAGGCACCUUGGGUAUGUGGUAUAUUGACCAUACACCACACCUCUGGCCUUAUUGCUUAAUAUUAAAUUAUAAUAUUCGUUUUGCAAGGUGAAGCUUAUAUAGCCAUAAAUUAGCCAAAAGUUUUCAAUAUAUUGUUUAUACUUUACAUUUCUUGCAGCAUUUAUUCUUGCAUUUAUUCUUAAGUAUUUGUUUAGUAAUACUUCUGCCAAAUCAUGUAUGCAAGACAGAGUGCAUUUGAAAAGUAUUCAGUGUUGUUUUUUCUCAUCAAUCUACACACAAUACCCAUAAUGACAAAGCAAAAACUGUUGUUUUUUUGUUAUUUUUUUUUUGCAAAUAUAUUAAAUAUAAGAAACUGAAAUAUCACAUUUACAUAAGUAUUCAGACCCUUUACUUAGUACUUUGUUGCACCUUUACCAGCGAUUACAGCCUUGAUUCUUCUGGGUAUGAUGCUAUAAGAUUGGCACACCUGUAUUUGGGGAUCUUCUCUGCAGAUCAUUUCAAGCUUUAUCCGGUUGGUUGGGGAGCGUCGCUGCGUAGCUAUUUUCAGGUCUCUCCAGAAAUGUUCGGUCAGGUUCAAGUCCAGGCUCUGGCUGGGACACUCAAGGACAUUCAGAGACUUGUCCUGAAGCCACUCCUGCGUUGUCUUGGCUGUAUGCUUAGGGUCGUUGUCCUGUUGGAAAGUGAACCUUCACCCUAGUCUGAGGUCCUGAACGCUCUGGAGCUGGUUUUUGUCAAGGAUCUUUCUGUACUUCGCUCUGUUAUUCUUUCCCUCGAUCCUGACUAGUCUCCCAGUCCCUGCUGUUGAAAAACAUCCACACAGCAUGAUGCUGCCACCACAUGCUUCACCGUAGGGAUGGUGCCAAGUUUCCUCCAGACUUAACCCUUGGCAUUCAGGCCAAAGAGUUAAAUCUUGGUUUCAUAUGGUCUGAGUCCUCUAGGUGCCUUUUGGCGAUCUCCAAGCGGACUGUCAUGUUCCUUUUACUAGGAGUGCCUUCUCUCUGGCCACUCUACCAUAAAGGCUUGAUUGGUGGAGUUCUGCAGAGAUGGUUGUCCUUUUGGAAGGUUCUCCCAUCUCCACAGCGGAACUCUGGAGCUCCGUCAGAGUGACCAUCAGGUUCUUGGUCACCUCCCUGACCAAGGCCCUUCUCCUCCAAUUGCUCAGUUUGGCCGGGCAGCCAGCUCUAGGAAGAGUCUUGGUGAUUCAAAACUUCUUCCAGUUAAGAAUGAUGGAGGCUACUGUGUUCUUCAAUGCUGCAGAAAUGUUUUGGUACCCUUGUGCCUCGACGCAAUCCUGUCCCAUAGCUCUACAGACAAUUCCUUCGACCUCAUGGCUUGGGUUUUGCUCUGACCUGCACUGUCAACUGUGGGACCUUAUAUAGACAGGUGUGUGUGUGUGCCUUUCCAAAUCAUGUCCAAUCAAAUUUACCACAGGUCAGGGCCAAUCAAGUUGUAGAAACAUCUCAAGGAUGAUCAAUGGAAACAGGAUGCACCUGAGCUCAAUUUCGAGUCUCAUAGUAAAGGGUCUGAAUACUUAUGUAUAUAAGGUAUUUCUGUUUUAAUUUUUAAUACAUUUGCAAAAAAAGCUAGAUGUGGAAAAGGGUACGGGUCUGAAUACUUUCUGAAUGCAAUGUAUGUCACUUGAAUUUAUUCACAACGAGUGCAAUAUGUAUUAUGACUUAUGGCCAAAUUCAACAACCAUUUAGAGGGGGAAAAGUUAUCCCCAUCUUAUUGUAUAAUUGACUUAUAAUGAAUGACAUUGCCAAGUUAAGUAGUGGACAGAAAGUUUUGCUAAAAUGCAUUUUAGCAUAUUAUUUGUGGCUGCUACAGUUGUCAUACAUGCCAAAGUUUAGAUUUCAGAAGGGUUUGUAAAACUGGAAUGUGUUGACAUGACAACUUUCUUUGCUUUGCUUUUUGAAAACACUUUUGAGAUAGUAUACUUCAUCGGUUAUCUGAAACUCAGAUCAUUUAGGUGGAGUGAAAUGCAUUUGAAAAUCCUAGAAACCACUAAAUUUGCACCUGUGUUGUAUGAACUGUAUGAGUAACUGUUAACUAAGGUUGAUGGGAUCAUUUCUCUCAUGUUGGUUCAUGACUAAGACUUUGACUUUACUGUUCGAAAUGUAAUACUUUUAUAUUCACUAUAUAAAAUUAAUAAGUGGCCAUGCAUUAACAUUUACUGUUCGAAAUGUAAUACUUUUAUAUUCACUAUAUAAAAUUAAUAAGUGGUCAUGCAUUAAUAGGCAAAGAAUCUUUUUGCUUGUAUAUUGAAAGUGAGUUAUUUGAACUUAAUUUUGGAUAUUAUAUUGAACCUUUGGUUGGUUUCAAAAUAUUGUUUUUAAAUUGUCAACAAUUAAAUUACUGAAAGGCAUAUUUUAAAAAAUUCAAAAAUCUAUUUAACCUUUAUCCAGGCGAAAUAAUUAAGAACAAAUUCUUAUUUACAAUGACGGCCUAGCAUACCAGUCAGAGCCAGACUGCUUUAAGCCGUGAUUUCACCUUUAAAUUAAUUACUGUAGUAAUUUUAAGAGGUACGCACACUUGCUUGUUUGCAUGGUUGUUGUACUGUAUAUGCACCAUGAUUGUAAUCUUCAAAUUAUUACAUGCCAAUUUAAAUAACAUGCAUUCUUCAUAUGUGGUAUGUGUUUUGGGUGGAUGUAUAGACUUAUUACCUCAAUGAGGUAUGCUAUGAAGUGUCACAAAAACCAUUUUGCUUUCAUUACUGUUUACUUCAUGUAUGGACUCUUAACGAUAGGCAGCUGUGUAAUUCAUGAGACAGGGCGUUGAGAGAGAAAUUUAGUCAACAAUCACUUCUUCACAACUGGAAUCACAGCACCAAAAAUAUUUCCCACCCCAAUGCAAAUAUUCAGAGGAAUGCUUUUUUUGUGUUAUCUUGGCCAAUCAUCUUUUUACUUAGCUUAGGUCGGGGUAUGUAGUUUUCUUUGCUUAUUCUAUAAAUGAUUGUUUUGCACCUUAUAUGUUUAUAUUUCUGUGUACUUUAUGUUAAUGAUUGUGAGUAUGUCCACAGCAAAUGUGCAUGUUAAUUCAUGAGCCAAGACCAAGAAAAAUGAGUUCUUGAUCCUCGUGCUUCUAGAUUUAUACUGUCAUCUAUUUCAGAUUUUCCAAACUGAGCUUGUACCAAAAUUCUAAUUCUAGAUCUACAUUUAGCCUACCAUUUGAUAUAUUGUAAUAUACACCAUGUAACUUUAACAAAUGUAUGUAUGCACAAUGUUGUAUGCAGCCAAAUGAAAGUCAAUCAGUUAUACUGUGGUAUUAGUGUAUUAUAUAUUUUUGAGGGGGGAAAUUGCAACGAUUCCUUUGAAUGGUUGAAAUGCCUGCACACUUAUAUCACUGUUUUUGAAAAGGGAUAAAUUAACAAUACAAAACAUUUACCUUUAAUCGGUAACACUUCACAUUUAGGUACCCUUUAAGGGAGUUGUAAAGGGUUUAUACGUAUAAUGAACAAAAAUAUAAACGCAACAUGUGAAGUGUUGCUCCCAUGUUUUAUGAGCUGAAAUAAAAGAUCCCAGAAAUGUUC